UCCCGAAAAAGAAGCAGUAGGAAAAGGAGACGACGGCGAAGCCGUGAGCAGUCUCCGUAUCGCGGCGCAUCCUCAGACACGCCGGUGUGGAGUUAGAAGAAACACAGCCUGCUGUUUCUGCUCCAGCUAAGCGAGUUUCCCCAAGACAGACCAAAGGGUUCAAUGGAUCUUGUGCUGCUCCCUCUGCUGUGUGUGACUUCUGCUGUCUGCAGACAACUAGGAGGAAGCCCGCAAAAGCCUUCCAAACAUGUGCCAAUUUGCUGAGCCAGUGGAAAAAGCGACGUCCGUUGGAGCCACGGCGUCGUGGAGAAAGAUCAGGUGACCUCGAGGAAGCCAUAUUCAUACAGCCAUUGAAUCUGACUGCAUGCUGAUCUCCGGCCUGGCGAGUUCCCCUCCGUCGCCAUAAGAGGGCCAGGAAGAAGACCGGAGUCUCCGAGGGCCAUGGCCGGCUUUGUCGAAGCGCUGCCCCGCCGCCGCCCGCUGCCGCACGACUCCGGCUGCCUCUGACGGCCCUGUCGCCUUUUUUUUAUGGGAGCUACCGCCGUGCGAGCGCUCGUAGGGAUUUAAGCUUUUCCGGGACACUUUUUUUUUUUUUUUUUUUUUUUAACCCCCUACGGUUAACGCCGAGCUUUGCGUUUGGCGGGAGAUAGCGAGACAAUGGCGAACAACUCGUACAGCGGAGUGAAGAACUCCAUCAUGGAGGCCAACCACGACGGCGACUUUGUCUGCACGCUCAAAGAGCUGCGCUCCCUCAUGGAACUGCGAGGCGCCGAGGCCCUCAACAAAAUCGGGGAAUCCUACGGGGACGUCCACGGACUCUGCGGCCGCUUAAAAACCUCGCCCGCGGACGGUCUAAGUGGGCAGCCGGCAGACAUCGAGAAGCGGAAAACGGUGUUUGGGCAAAAUUUGAUACCGCCCAAAAAGCCCAAAACGUUCUUGCAAUUAGUGUGGGAGGCGCUGCAGGAUGUCACGCUGAUUAUCUUGGAAGUGGCAGCCAUCAUUUCACUUGGCCUUUCGUUUUAUAGACCUCAAGAUGCCAAAAGAGAAGACUGCGGGAAGGCCGCCGGCGGCGCGGAGGACGAGCACGAGGCGGAGGCGGGCUGGAUCGAGGGCGCCGCCAUCUUGCUGUCGGUCAUCUGCGUGGUGCUGGUGACGGCGUUCAACGACUGGAGCAAAGAGAAGCAGUUCCGCGGACUCCAGAGCCGCAUCGAGCAGGAGCAGAAGUUCACCGUGGUCCGCGGCGGGCAGGUCAUCCAGAUCCCCGUGGCGGAGAUCGUCGUCGGUGACGUUGCGCAAAUAAAAUAUGGGGACCUUUUGCCCGCCGACGGCCUCCUCAUCCAAGGGAACGACUUGAAGAUCGACGAGAGCUCGCUCACGGGGGAGUCGGAUCACGUCAAGAAGACGCAAGAGAAAGAUUUGAUGCUGUUGUCGGGCACCCACGUGAUGGAAGGCUCGGGGAAAAUGGUGGUCACGGCGGUGGGCGUCAACUCUCAAACUGGAAUUAUUUUCACGCUGCUCGGUGCCGCCGAGGACGAGGAUGACGACGACGAAGAUGAGAAGAAGAAGGAAAAAGAGGAGAAGAAGAAACAGAGGAAAAACAAGAAGCAGGACGGCUCCGUUGAAAAUCGGAAGAAAGCCAAAGCGCAGGACGGCGCCGCCAUGGAAAUGCAGCCUCUGAACAGCGACGAGGGAGCCGAUGCGGAGGAGAAGAAGAAAACCAACCUGCCAAAGAAAGAGAAAUCUGUCCUCCAGGGCAAGCUGACCAAACUCGCCGUGCAGAUCGGCAAAGCGGGAUUGGUGAUGUCGGCCAUCACCGUCAUCAUCCUGGUGGUGCUGUUUGUGGUCGACACCUUUUGGAUCCAAAACCUCCCCUGGGUCAAGGCCUGCACGCCCAUCUACAUCCAGUUCGUUGUCAAAUUCUUCAUCAUCGGCGUCACCGUGCUGGUGGUGGCCGUCCCCGAAGGCCUCCCGCUCGCCGUCACCAUCUCCCUGGCAUAUUCCGUCAAGAAAAUGAUGAAAGACAACAACCUGGUGCGUCACCUGGACGCCUGCGAGACGAUGGGCAACGCCACGGCCAUCUGCUCGGACAAGACGGGGACGCUCACCAUGAACCGCAUGACGGUGGUGCAGGCCUUCGUGGCGGAGAAACAUUACAAGAAGGUGCCGGAGCCGGAGAACAUCCCGGCCUCCAUUUUAGAUUUCCUGAUUCUGGGGAUAGCCGUCAACUGCGCCUACACGACCAAGAUCAUGCCCCCGGAGAAAGAAGGCGGCCUGCCCCGGCAAGUGGGCAACAAGACCGAAUGUGCCUUGCUGGGAUUUUCCAACGACCUCAAGCGCGACUACCAGACCAUCCGUAACGAGAUCCCCGAGGAGAAGUUGCACAAGGUGUACACCUUCAACUCGGCGCGCAAGUCCAUGAGCACCGUGCUCAAGAUGGCCGACGGCAGCUACCGGAUGUUCAGCAAGGGCGCCUCGGAAAUCCUCCUCAAAAAGUGCUACAAAAUCCUGACGGCGUCGGGCGAGCCCAAGGUGUUCCGCCCGCGAGACCGCGACGACGUGGUGAAGAAAGUGAUCGAGCCCAUGGCCUCCGAAGGCCUGAGGACCAUCUGCCUGGCGUACCGAGAUUUCGCCGUGAAGGACGGCGAGCCCGACUGGGACAACGAGAACGACAUACUCACCGGGCUCACUUGCAUCUGCGUGGUGGGCAUCGAAGACCCCGUGAGGCCCGAGGUCCCGGACGCCAUUCGAAAGUGCCAGCGCGCCGGCAUCACGGUGCGGAUGGUGACGGGCGACAACAUCAACACGGCGCGCGCCAUCGCCAGCAAGUGCGGCAUCCUGCAGCCCGGGGACGACUUCCUCUGCUUGGAGGGCAAAGAGUUCAACCGGCGGAUACGCAACGAAAAGGGAGAGAUCGAACAAGAGCGCAUUGAUAAGAUCUGGCCCAAACUGCGAGUGCUGGCUCGUUCUUCCCCAACUGACAAGCACACUUUAGUCAAAGGUAUUAUCGACAGCACCGUGGUGGAGCAGAGGCAAGUCGUGGCCGUCACCGGGGACGGCACCAACGACGGUCCCGCCUUGAAGAAAGCCGACGUCGGCUUUGCCAUGGGCAUCGCCGGCACCGACGUGGCCAAGGAAGCGUCCGACAUCAUCCUGACCGACGACAACUUCUCCAGCAUCGUCAAGGCCGUGAUGUGGGGACGCAACGUUUACGACAGCAUUUCCAAGUUCCUGCAAUUUCAACUGACCGUCAACGUGGUGGCCGUCAUCGUCGCCUUCACGGGCGCCUGCAUCACUCAGGACUCUCCACUGAAGGCGGUCCAGAUGUUAUGGGUCAACCUGAUCAUGGACACCUUCGCCUCCCUGGCGCUGGCCACCGAGCCGCCCACGGAAGCCCUGCUGCUCAGGAAGCCAUACGGCCGCAACAAGCCUCUCAUCUCUCGCACCAUGAUGAAGAACAUUCUGGGCCAGGGCGUGUACCAGCUGGUCAUCAUCUUCACACUGCUCUUUGCCGGAGAGACCAUGUUCGACAUCGACAACGGCAGGAACGCGCCGCUCCGAGCGCCGCCCUCGGAGCACUACACCAUCGUCUUCAACACCUUCGUCCUGAUGCAGCUCUUCAACGAGAUCAACGCCCGCAAGAUCCACGGCGAGCGCAACGUCUUCGACGGCAUCUUCAACAACCUCAUCUUCUGCAGCAUCGUCUUCGGUACCUUCGUCAUCCAGAUCAUCAUCGUGCAAUUUGGAGGGAAGCCAUUCAGCUGCGUGGCUCUUUCCAUCGACCAGUGGCUCUGGUGCACUUUCCUGGGCUUCGGCUCACUGUUGUGGGGGCAGGUCAUCUCGUCGAUUCCCACGAGCCGCUUAAAGUUCCUAAAAACGGCGGGCCACGGCACCCAGAAGGAGGAGAUCCCCGACGAGGAGCUGGAGGAGCUGGACGACAUGGACGAGAUCGACCACGCCGAGCGGGAGCUCCGCCGCGGCCAGAUCCUCUGGUUCCGCGGCCUCAACCGCAUCCAGACUCAGAUGGAUGUAGUGAGUGCGUUCCAGAGCGGAACUUCCUUUCAGGGGGCUCUGAGGCGGCAGGCCUCCAACUCCAGCCAGCAGCAGCACGAUAUCCGCGUGGUGAAUGCAUUCCGCAGCUCCAUCUCCCUCUAUGAGGGCCUGGAGAAGCCCGAGUCGCGGACCUCCAUCCACAACUUUAUGACCCACCCGGAGUUUCGGAUAGAGGACUCGGAGCCGCACAUCCCCCUCAUAGACGACACGGACGCUGAGGACGACGCGCCCACCAAGCGCAACUCUGCCAGCUCCCGCAACGCCUCGCCCGCCCCGCCCUCGCCAGCCAGCGCGGCCCCGCCGUCCGCCGGCCCCGCCUUCAGCCCCGCCUCCCCAAACCAGAACAAUAACGCUGUGGAGAGCAGCAACCACCUCCUCCCGGAGGCCACCAAAGUGGGCGAGACCGCCAUGCCGGGCAGCCCCCUACACAGCUUGGAAACCUCCCUUUGAUCGCAAAGCACGCCCACCUCCCUGAAAGGCACCUUACCACUUUUCUACAUGGGGGGUGCGGGGUUUGGGCUGCACUGGGCUGUGCUGGACGAACAUUGGGAGGAAUGUAUCGGCUCGUGCGGAUUCUUUGAGCUUCUUCUUCACUUCUUAAACCGCACCAGGACUCUGCCCCCCCCUCCCACCCCCAACCUCCCUGCUGACCCCACCUUUGGUUUGUCUGGCUGGACAAAAGGCGCGAUUAUAAACUCUUGAUUGAAAGUGACCUGUUUUUUCUUAUUCUACUCUUAUUCUUAAUAUUAUUUGAAUUGCGUCGACGAGGAAGAGGAGGACGAGGUCGUCACGGCUUGAAGAUAACAGAACAUUUUCGCUUCUCUUUAAUCUCGAUGGUGUUGUAUAUUUCGCUCUUCGGCCCUCGCUCACACACACACACACACACACGAACAUAAACCCCCCACCCCCCCAACUAAUUUCUGCUCCAUUUGGCUGUUAAUAUUUUGACUUAUUUAUGUUUCUGGAGAAAAAAAAAGCAGAUCUGUUUACAAAGUUUGUAGAUACUUUUUUUUUCUGUUUGUAGGCAAAAGAGCUUCCUGAUGUGAGGCAGAAAAGUGGGGACAUUAAAAAAAAAAAAGAAAAAUGAAUGAGAAGAUUAUUUCAGAUACUGCUGUAUUUUCAGGAAAAAAAGGUGUUUCUAUUGAAACUUAAGUAUUUUUUUUUUGCCUGCGAGUUUUAUUUGUUAUAUAUUUGUAGAUAAGCAUAGAAACUUCUAGCCAAACCAAUAAACACUAAGUCUUGUAUAGAGAGGAGGCCCGGCCCCACCAGGUGACGUGCUAUAAAUAUUUACUCGAUAGUUUCCACGUGCACACCCCCCCCCCACCCCAAACAAAGUCCUCAUUUUCAUCCAUUAUCUUGUGUUCAAAGAUUUCCACAUGCUGAAAGCUCAACACACACACACAAAAAAAGGGAGUCCACGGGGCUCGUAUUUAGCAAGCGUGGCCUCUUCCGAAACUGAUUCUGAACAAGGUGACACACUUUCAGAUGUUUAUUUGCACAAAAGGACAACACAACUUGGGUUCAAUUGAGACUAAAUCAGCCAGUGAAUGUGCCUUGGCUCAAGUCAACGUUCAAGCUUGAUCAACCCUGUGGAUGCUUGCUAAAUAUAGACCCCCCCCCCCCCCACCCAUCCUAUUCCCGCCUCCGCCGCCCCCCAAACUCGUUUUUAGUUCUUGGAAUGUGUGUGCUAAACACUUUUAGUGUUUCCUAGCCGUCCUCAAAGAUUGCAACUGCUAAAAUAUUCCGAUUUCUUCCUCCCCUCACACAGAGGAACCUUUUUGGACACCUGAUGUACUGGAAACACUAAAAAGAAUCUAUAUAUUUACGCUUGUUUUUUUUUUUUUUUUAAAUACAGAUAAGGCAUACACUGGUAUCCAUCUGCACAGGGUACUUUAUUUCCUAGCGAGAAUUUUGAUACCGAAACGACAAAUGUACCUUUGUAUUUUUAUGACGAUAAACUGAUUUCUUGAGCUUUCAUCAUGCUCACGAGACAGUUUGCGGAGGAUUUGACACUGCGGGGAGGCCACUCAAAAUGUGUGCUGUCUGGAACAUUCAUCUCAGGGUGCAAAUAGGUUUGAGGGAGUGAGAGAGGGAACAGGCCUCUUUUUAUUUGUUUUUGUAUUUUUUAUUUUUGGUUUGUAGGCUGCAUGUUCUUCCUGCAACCCCCCCAGGCUUUCUUCACCCAGAGGCGCGUGGAAUAAACAUUGAGAGGGAGUUGGCCUGUUGUCCUUGUUUGGUUUUACAGAUAUGACAAAAUAGCAGCUUGGAAGACCUUGAAAACACACAAAAAGCGGAAUCCAUACCAGGAGUUUGUUCUGUCGCUUCUUCCUGUAAAACACAGGAAUGAAUGUUUUUUUUUCCAUCUGUUUUAUGGAUUAUCAUUUUUUUUAUCAUUUAACAUUUGGAAAUAAAAGUACUUCAUGUCUGUUUAUCUUGAGCAUUUUAAAUGGAUAUCGUGAUUGGAUUUACAUUUGAAACUUGUCGAGUAAUGUGUCUGGUUUUUAAAAAUAAAUAAUGUAUUUAGCCUA